CUAUUUUCUUGUCUGGACAAACAUAGAGUAGAACGGUUAAUUAAUUUCUUGGUUCUCUUCUUUCAAAUAAUUUUUAUUUUCCUAGCUAAUUUGAUGGAGAAUUUUCCAAACAAUUCAUCAUCUUGUUUGGAUUUAACAAUCGCCAUGCCGGGAUUUUCUUCUUCUCCAUCUUCUCUUCCCUCUUCGGGGGAAAGUGGUGGAGGUAGAAUGAAAGUAGUGGACGUAAAUCUAGUACCCUCAUCAGAAAGAGAAGAAGAAUGCAUGGAAGAAGAAGAAGAAGACGAAAGCCCGAACAAGGGCCCGGCCCCGAGAAAGAAGCUUCGACUAACGAAAGAGCAGUCUCGUCUUCUUGAAGAAAGUUUCAGACAACAAAACCACACCUUAAACCCUAAACAGAAGGAGAUAUUAGCACAGAAAUUACAUCUGAAGGCGAGGCAAGUGGAGGUGUGGUUUCAAAACCGUAGGGCAAGGAGCAAGCUGAAGCAAACAGAAAUGGAGUGUGAGUACUUGAAAAGGUGGUUUGUUUCACUAACAGAACAAAACAAGAAGCUACAGAUUGAGGUGGAGGAGCUCAGGUCGUUGAAAGCCGGCCACCACCCCGACUGCCGCCACCUCCCGCCGCCACCUUCCACCCUCACAAUGUGCCCUCAUUGCCAGCGUGUCACCACCACCGCCGCCACCAACAACCACCUCGACACCGCCACCAAAAUGCUUGCUCUUCAAUCCAGACAACCCUCCGCCGCUUGUUUUAAUUAGUAUUAGCUAUUAAUUAAUUAUAUGAUGUGGUAAUCGUAAUAUAUAUACUUAUUAUAUUUUCCUUGCAAAAUAAAUUAAAUAGUACUAAAAAUAACAAUGAAAUUAUUAGGUAUUAUAUCGCAUGCUGAAAAAUUAAAUCAAA